AUGUUUUAUUCAGAGACUUUGUUGAGCAAGACAGGGCCUUUGGCUCGUGUCUGGCUUUCGGCAAAUUUAGAGCGCAAGUUGUCAAAAAAUCAUAUUCUACAAGCCAGCGUCAAGGACAGUGUUGAAGCUAUCGUCACACCCAAUCAAGCACCAAUGGCUCUACGUCUAAGUGGUCAACUGUUGCUAGGAGUGGUCAGAAUUUAUAGUCGAAAAGCGCGUUAUUUACUGGAUGAUUGUAAUGAAGCUCUCAUAAAGAUUAAAAUGGCCUUCCGUCUCUCCGGCAACAAUGAUAUUCCCGCCGGACUACAUAUGCCUUCUCGAGAUGCUCUUAUGCUUCCUGAUAUGCUUACUGAAGGAGAUAAUCUCGAAAUGCCACCGAUGCCUGAUGCAUCAUUCCUUUUUUCCCAAUUGGACGAAGAAUCGGCAUUAGGUCGCAAACGAAGAGGUGCUAGCCGUGACAUUAACUUGCAGGACGAGUUCAACAAUAGUCAAUUCUUACAAAAUAGUGUCGAAGAUAACAAUGCAGAUGAGGAUGAGCUUGCUUUGGAACCAUUAGACGACGAUCUUGAUUUGGGUCUUGAUUUUGGACUCGACGAUAUCAAUCCCAAGGCUACUGGAGCUGAUAGAUCUGGAGCUGAUAUCAGUCUUGAAUUCGGACGAGAUGCACCAGCAGCAAGAGCUGUUGAAGAUGACUUACUCAGUGAAUUGGAUAUUCAACCACGAGCAAAGGAUGUCUUUGAUGAUGGAGAUCGUGAAAAUUCAAUCAACCUCGGAUUUGGUAAUGAUGAUGUUGGAUUCCACAUCGGUGAUGAUGAUGGGGAUAUUGACAUGCUUAACAUUGGUGGAGAACCAGAUAUCUCUGCUCUUCCACGUGCUCCAGAACUCGAGCGCCUUCGCAUUUCCGAAUCGCCACUUUCAGAUAUCGACGAAACCAUUGUUGCCGAAGUCGAGGCAAAUCAGCAACAAAGAGAUGGAUCUGGAUUAUUCGCACCAGAAGAUGAGACGGAACAAUCAAUCUUUCGCCAACCAGCUCAACGUGCUAGAAAAUUCAAACCUUUGAUGCCUGACGAUGAUACUACCAUCUCUAAGCAUGCUAUUCAAGAAUUGCAGAAGAAUCACGAGGCUAUUUUACGUCCUCAGUCUUUCCUUCCCCGCGAUCCUCAACUCUUGGCAUUAAUGGAAAUGCAAAAGAAUGGUGGCUUUGUUUCCAACAUUAUGGGUGAAGGAAGAAGUAUGGGCUGGGCACCAGAGCUUCGUGGAAUGCUUUCACUCGAUGCUGUUCGUAGGACAGGAGACUUGAAGCGUAAGCGUGAUGGUGGUGCUGCUGAUGUGGAUGGUGAACAAGAACCAGGUGCUAACAAAUCACCACGCUUGGAUCUUGGAGAGGAAGAGGAUCUUGGUGCCAAUCUUGCUGGCGAUGCUGGUUUAGGUCGGGAUGACACGAUGAUUGCUGCUGAUGGUACAAUCAUUGAGAUGGGCGGUGAUGAUGAAUUCAAUAUCAACAUUGACGAUGACGAACACAACGCUACCGCCGGUUUAGGAGACGCUCGCAGCGUAAGUCCAGGCAACCAAUUCGAUGAGACAAUCGCACCUCUUGUACACCCUGCGGAUAGCGGCCCUGUCUCGCUCGGUACCACUCACGCUGUUCAUCUUCUCCGUGAACGAUUUGGUGAUGAGGCAGCCAACAGCCCAGACAAGCGCAAGAAGGCCAGCGUUCUUUUCCAGGACUUAUUACCAGAAGGUACAACAAGCAAAGCUGAUGCUACCAAGAUGUUCUUUGAAGUUUUGGUACUCGCAACCAAGGAUGCUGUUAAGGUUGAGCAACCAGAAAACUCUCUAGGAGGGCCAAUCCGUGUUAGAGGCAAACGAGGUCUUUGGGGCGCCUGGGCUGAAAGAGAAGCUGGUGGUGAAAUUGCUGAGGAGAAUGUCUCCGGUCCCUCAGCUACUGCUCCUUUGUUAGAAGCAUCCAGAAUGGUCUCUGUCUCUGCUUGA